AUGAAGCAAAAUAUUGGACGGGGCGAAUUUUCUCUGUUCCCCAAUUUGUCAGAGACAAGCUGCCAGGAAGACGACGUUUCAACUUACGUUCAACAUUUAAAUGCCCUCUGUUCAGAUUUUGAAUCUAUGUUUGAGGAUAUUUUGACUAUGGUGAUACCACCGUGGAUAAUUAAUCCAUAUGGUGACAUAGAAGAAACAAAUGUCAUAAUACAAGAGGAACUGACUGAACUAAGUACAAAGGAAGAACUUCAGUUUAAAAACGGAUAUCAGCAAUUCUGGCUGCAAAACAACAUACCCGUUACUUAUCCCGUAUUAUGGAAUAUAGCGAGGAAAUUUUUAAUUUCCUUUCCAUUGUCAUACCUAGUGGAAAGGGGGUUCAGCGCUGUUACCAAUCUCCUAACGAAAAAAGAAACAGACUGGACAUCACUAGCCGAGGAGAUUUAA